UCUAGCUAACAAGCCAACGAUGGAAGGGGGAGGCAGGGUCUCGUGGAUGAAAUAUGGGCCUGUGGUGUCCCUGCUUGUGGUUCUUUUGGCCUUGUGGUUCCGGUCACCCCAGAAUGCAGUACUGGACGACCGGCUGGACACCGUUUUGUCCUCUCUGCUCCGGGCUGAACGCAAAGUCGGGAUGAGUAACGUCGCCAGACCGAAAGUGGCCGUCGGAUUUGGAGGUUGUGUUGACCUGAUAGUAGACGGGAUAUCGUUGCUAAAUAAGAUUGGCCUCCUUCACACAGACCAGCCCCUUCAUCAUAACUACAUAGAAAAUGAAGAGCAGCUGGCUCAGAGCUUUGCCUACUUCUUUGCACCGGGAGCUGCUGCAGAGCGUUUUGUGCUAAAUGAUACCCUAUUCAGCGAGCUGGUUGACGUGUCCCGUGACUUACCUGGUAACAGAUGGGCAGUAGGUGGCAAUGCCCCAGUAAUGGCUGGUCGGAUGGCAACCGAGGGAUGUGAUGUGUUGCUAGGAGGAAGUUUCAGCCCUGAUUUUACCGAUGUCCUGUCCCAGCACAUUACAGUGGCAGGUAACAUAGUAGAAGAGCCAGACAUUCACCUGAUCCUGGAGUAUUCAUCUGGUGCUAAAUGGGGGCAGUAUACAGCACGAAGAGCCAAUAGGUAUAUCAUCCACAGUGAUGACCAUAACCCCUACCUGGACUCCAUGGAAGACUUUGCCAAGAAACUCAAAGACUUCAAACCAGACCUGCUGGUGGUGGGUGGGCUGCAAAUGAUGGAUAACUUCCCCUUUCAGUCAGGUGAGCGGGACGCCCUCCUCUCCCGCCUGGCCGACGUCCUGUCCUCCUCAUCUCCACAGAUUGGGGUCCAUUUUGAGAUGGCCAGUUUUGUAGAAGAGAGCAUAAUGGAAGACCUACUCCAUUAUGUCGUCCCCCAUGCGGACUCUUUAGGGAUGAAUGAACAAGAGCUUCCCAACCUGCUCAGUCUACUUAAAGGCUCCAACAUCACAGUGUUGUCAGACCCAAACCCUCGUGUAGCCACUGUCCUCGACCAGAUGAGGGAGGUCUAUCGCAUCCUGAACCAGCGCUACAAGGACGCCAGUGCAGAGAGCGGCACAGAAAGCGUUGUGGUUAAGCCGCUGACUCGGCUCCACGUCCACACGCUGGCCUUUCAGGCCAUGAUUGUGACACAUGGCUCCCAGUGGAAGAACACCAUGUCAGCCACCGCUAAGGCCUCUCUCACAGCUAACCGCCAUGUCUGUGGCUCUAAUGACAUUGACCCCAGCAAGGCGAGGCUCAUCAUGGACGACUCCUUCUCCAUAAGCCGGCAGGAGGGCAGCCAGCGUAUUCCUCUGCAGGAGACCAGGCCUGUCAGCUGCUGGGAUGAGGAGGACUAUGAGAUCUGUGUUGCUCCAGUGCUUGUGUGCACUGAGGUUUACCAAACUGCAGGUGGAGGGGACAACAUCUCAGCCGCUGGCUUGGUGCUGCAGAUCUAAAGGAGGACACUAUAUGCUCUGUCUGUGUGUAGUGCUAAUUAGGUGUUGGCAACCAAUGUGACUCUUUAUCUAGGUGUGAUGCAAAGUAGCUGUUGUGGCAAACACAGAUACUGAUUGUGAAAUAUAUCCAGCUGACGCUGUCAUGCUUGCAGCUCAAUGCCCAGGGCAGGUGGUCAAUAAGGAAAACUGAUUGUUAUCAUUUAUAGGAGUUAAAUGAUCGCGUGCAGUGGUUAUUAAUCAGGUUAGACCAGCAGGCCUCAGUUUUUGUUUUUUGAGGUACAUGCAGUGAAAAACCGGUCAACUCAAAAAUGACAUUUUUUUGAAUUGAGUAAGGUCUAUCCUCACCAGACUUUCUCCGGUUAGUUCUCAGUUGUGUGUGUCUGUGUGCGUGUGUGCCCGUUAUCAAUGACUUUAUCCCACUUGCAUUAACAUUGUAUUCAUAUAAUAAUAUGUAUAUGCAAAGCUCUUUUGCAUCCAGUUGAUUUGAUUUUUCAAACCAAAACUUUGAAGGAGACACUGCCUACUCUGUCUGUAGCCCAUCAUUUGACUCCUGUCCUCUUCUUCUUCUCCAAGGCCUUACAAGACUUGGCCUUCAGUCAGGAUGAGAUACGGAGGGAUGAGGUUUGGGUUAAAUCAUAAAGACACCAGGCUGUUUUUGUAGAGCCACACAGGGUAGCCUGUGGCAUGGUGUUUUUGAAUUGUGGAAAUUUUGACAAAGCUGCAUUUUCUGCUUCUUUUUUGGAUAAAUUCUCUCUUUUUUUAACCUGUGGCUCCACUAUGCAACCGUCUUGUACACAUAAUUGUGUAACUACUGAAAUAGCUGAAUCUUCUGUUUCUUGGAGGCAUGUUUUGUAGGCGCUGUCACUUGCUUAAAACCUCCAGUUGGAACCAGUAAACGGGGCUCUGACCUCUCCUGCCUUGCAGCAAAUGUAAGAUCAUAUAUGAGCCUUAUUCUAAUGAGAAGGCUCUAACCCAUGUCUUCCCUCUCCUGUCUCAUUCUCAAAGGCAAAGAAAGAUUUAAAGUAGAAAGCCGUGAGGUAAUCGCCUCCUGUUCUUCCUAAUAUAUGUGAAAAUGUGAUGUGUUGUGGUUGAUUGGUUUUAAGAUUUUCAUUCCUCUGUGUGUCAGUUGCAGUGCAAUAAUGCAAAACAAUGUUAAGAGACCACUGUUGGUAGCUGGAUAUGAUGUCAAAAAUCUCCUCUCUACCUCUGUGUUCUUUUUGUUUCACCUUUUUUCUUCUUCUCAUUGUCCCUUCUCUUCCACAUGGCACACUUUUCUAUAAUCUGUCAUAUUUCUUCCUUGUUCCUUCCACUCUUCUUGUGUCUAUUUAUGGCUCUUUAAGGACCAAAUAACCAGCGUAGACUGCUGCUGGUGAAGGUGAUGCAAUGGUGAAGUUAUUGGCAGCUACUUCUAACAUUCUCACAUGAUAUUGGCUGCAUACAGUGGAACACAAUCUCAUUUUCUAGUUUUAGAUGUUUUUAAGAAAGAGGGGGCUAGCAGCAUGAUAUUUUAAGUUAUGGUGUUAUCCACCAUGAAACCCCUAAACCUGUGGACUACGCAGAAAAUAUUUUUUUGUCUUCAUCCUGUAGAGGGAUUAGAAGCCACAUUUCUUUCACUUUUCACAACCACAUAUAUGUCGAAGCCACUACUCUCUGAAUUUCCUCCUCCUUAAAUAAUGUGUGAAAAAAUGGCCUCUAAAUGGUGUUCAACCCCCAUUUCACUCUUUUCAGGGUUGGAAUCACUUUUAUUUGUGAUUGGACUUAAAUGGGAAUGAUGCCAACUCUGCGAUUUUCCUCACUAUGUACAAAUCAAACAUUCCAUGACAGACCCAGCUUUUGUUAUUUUCUCCAUUCAGAACUAAGCAUGUUUGACAAGAACAUUUUAACACACAAACUGAUAAUUUUUCUUUCUUUCUGACACUAUUUAAUUCCUUUAUUAGUUAUAUAAAGCUGCUUGUUACAACCCUUUUUUAUAGAGGAACACCCUUAUUCAUGUUACAAUGCAGCAAGUGUGAGGUUAAGAGACAAAGAAAGCCCUUUAAAUCUUUUCUCUGUGUAUCAAGACUGUACUGAUACAAUGCUGUAUGAUUAUGCUGAAGGUAAAUGAGCCUUAUUCUUUCUUGACUUUUUGUGUUUAGUGAAAAGGGAAUGUUUAAUACACACUUUUUCUAUUACUGUAGGCUUAUGUUUUAUUUUCUGAUGUCUUCGUCUUACACAGUUAUUGGAAACCAAAAGUAAGGAGACAUUGUUUUUACUGUGAAAUGAAACUGUUCGAAGCAGACCCUCGGCAGGCAUUCAUGUUCAGAUAAAGAACUGUUUGUGUUUGCUACCAUAUCAUCUGCUUAUUUAAGCUCCAGAUAACUCAUGUCAUCCCUGUUCCAAAGCUGUGUUCAACUGUUUCAUGCAUGUAUAACUAUUCAAUGCAGAAUCACCUAAGAUAAAAUGCUAUGCUGAUAAAGCCAAUCACAGCUUUGUUUAUUUUCUCAUACUCAGGGUCUACUGAACUCAAGAAUUCUUAAAGACACUUGUGAUGGGAAUUAUGGGAUUGUCACAUCAUGGCUCUUAUCAUAAUUCAUAAUUCACCAUUCUCACAACAUUGAGCACAUUUCAUCUGGUGGCACUUCAUAUAGGUAAUG